UCGUCUCAGCAACAAACCGCAAUUGCUCCGCCGUCCUGUCCCCAGCACGACUUUCACUUACUCGGGGGACUUGAAACUGCUGUCUGGAAUAUUCAGAUCAUUUGGAGAGGAUAUUAUCGACAGCAAGGAAGAUAUAAAUUAUGGGUGCCGGGGCCUCGAAACCUGAAGCUUCGGCUGGGUCUAAACAUAUUUUUGCGAGCGAAACGCCGGUUCAGUUCUCUGCCAAUCUGGUAGAAGCCCUACAAUCUAGUAAAGAGACCGACUCAUCCCGUGCCAAAUCCCUCGAAUUACACAUCCAAGCGCGCGUCGCCGAAGAACUAGAACGCCUACGACAGCGGGAAAAACAAACCCUGGAAGAAAUCGAGAAGCGUGUUGCAGCUGAAUUACCUGACCGAAAAGUCUUCACAGCUCCAGCUUCGUCGCCGUCGUAUGCUGCGCCGGCCGGAUCGUUGGACCUCGAUGCUCCCCGAAUCCCAUUUGCGGGACGAGAAUUCGAUGCGCCGUUAUUCCCUAUUGAUCCUGCCACUGUCACGCCACCGCAGGCCUCUCAACCUCAAUCACCUGCCGUUGUCGACCCAUCGCGUGAAGCUGUGUUGAAGGAUAUUGAGCGUUUGCGCUCCAAGCUCGAGUCAAGGAAGAAAUUAGCGACGCUCGAUGACAAUGUCGAACAGGCCAAGAGUGAGGUGGUUAAUUGUUUGAGGAUAAAUGAUCGACGACCUCUGGACUGCUGGAAGGAAGUUGAAUCUUUCAAGCAGGAGGUUGCCAAACUGGAACGAGCUUUUGUGGAUAAGGUGGUGGGAUGAGAAAAAAAGAUUAUAUAGUUCUGUACUGAUAGAGGUUUUUCAUUCUGGUGGGAAUGAGUUGACAGUUUACAGCGUCAUGUCCGGAUAUAAUUUGCAGCCAUAGACAUCUCAUUUGUUCCAAUUCUCC